AAAAGACUCCACAGCAAACGCCUCCACAAUAUGAAAUCAAAACGCCAGUCAUCCUUUGUGGCAGAGCUCGGGAUGUUUCUUUCCUUUAAUGCCGUCAUAUCCGACGAAUCUAGCCACAAACUAUGCCAUCAAACCUUAGACAUCGUAAUUUAACAACAGCAAGAGCUUCUUCCGUUCAAAUAAAAUGCCUUGUUACCACAAACUGCGUCGGCAUAGCACGUUGCGAUCUCUGACUUGAAGUGACCGACUCUUUGAAUACCUCAACGAUAACGCGACAAUCAAACCAUGGCUGGCGAAUCGGCCGCUCAAAAUCGACAAUCGAGUUCUGGGGCGUACAAUGCGCCAAACGACUAUGCUGAGCUCGGCGACAUAACUCAGCAACCGAUUCAAAGGGAGACCCCUGGCGAAACCACCAAAACAACAGCUCAAUCGGCAAGGUGGGCAGAGCGAUACGAUUCCGGUACAUACGACGUUCCACAAGACUACAGCAACCUCGAUGAGGCAGAAUCUAUUCCUCCGCUACAAGAGCUCUCGCCAUGUCCUACCCAAGGCCAACCGCGAGGACACGCCAACUUUGUCCGCUCUGAUACCGCCGUCGAACCAGAGCCUAUAGCACAAGAGGCAGCGCAGAAGAAGACGUCGGAAUUGCUCACAAGCCUUUACACGCAUUCGUAUCUCGUGCUAUUCGCGAUCCUUGGAGUAUUAGCGCGUCUGGGCUUGACUGCGUUGACGCGCUAUAGCGGCACUCCCGUUAUCUUCAACACGAUAUGGGCCAAUUUUAGUGGAAGUGUUGUUAUGGGAUUUCUGGCGGAGGAUCGCAAACUCUUCCGCAACGAGUGGGGAACUCCGACCUACGACGAAGUCAUCAAGCGGGCCAAACAAAAGCAAAAAGAUGAAGCCAAUGGAUCUGGUUCAAGUCAGCAGAUGGAUGUAGAUCUGGACGCAGCGAAGCGAGCGCAUCUUGCGACCAAGAAGACGAUUCCCUUGUACAUCGGACUGGCAACGGGCUUUUGCGGGAGUUUCACGACCUUUUCGAGUUUCAUCAAGGAUGUAUUCUUGGCCUUGUCUAAUGAGCUGAAGACGCCUGGGUGGUCAGAGUCGCCGACGAGUCGCAAUGGGGGCUAUUCCUUCAUGGCGAUGCUGGCCGUCAUCAUCACCACUGUGUCGUUAUCACUUUCUGGCUUAUUCCUAGGCGCCCACCUGGCUAUUGGCCUCGAGCGCGUUACGCCAUCGAUUCCCUUCUCGUUGAGUCGACGGGUGCUUGAUCCCUUGGGUGUGCUUCUUGGCUGGGGCUGCUGGCUUGGUGCAGUACUCCUCGCCAUAUUCCCACCACAUAAUGCCUGGCGUGGUCAAGCCCUCUUCGCGCUGGUCUUUGGACCAUUGGGUUGUCUACUACGCUUCUACCUGUCUCUGUACCUCAACGGAAAGAUGAAAACAUUUCCUCUCGGAACAUUCACUGCCAAUGUAUUUGGCACUGUGAUCCUAGGCAUGUCGUGGGAUCUCGCACACGUGCCGGUUGGUGGAGUCAUCGGUUGCCAGGUGCUGGAGGGCAUGGAAGAUGGUUUCUGUGGAUGUUUGACGACCAUUUCAACGUGGGUUGCUGAACUUAGCACUCUGAGGCGACGAAGUGCAUGGAUUUAUGGCACGGCCAGCGUUGCGACGGCUUUAGUAUUGAUGAUCGCUGUCAUGGGCGGAUUACGAUGGAGCGAUGGGUAUAGCAAAUUGCUAUGCACAGUAUAGAGACGAAUACACCUGGCUAAAGAUGCAGUUGGCCAUUCCUUUAGAAACACGGGUUAGAGAGGCGGGCAUCUCCUAUGCGGAAGAAGCCAAAAAAUACCGCUUUACCAAGAAGAAAGCCGAGUGCUGAUAGUCUUAGGAUUCCAUAUGACAAUUCCUUCAUGGUAGUGAUCUUGUACGGCCAUGAUGAUGUGGGGGAUGAUGAAGGCAACUCUGACAACAAUUCUUAGAGUACAACAACCCUUGCAGCCUCGCCGACGACAACAAGUUCCUUGAUGGUCUUAUUCGCGACAUUGAAGUUGCUGUCAAUGCCCUCGGGAGGUAAUGAAACUUCUGACAGUAAAACAGUGUGCUAAAAUUAUCUGGUCUAAAGAUCUACUACAAUACAC